GAUCGACAGAAUUCACGCUCUUAUCUACUCAUUACUGUACACUACAUUUUUCAAGAAUUUGGUACUGUAAGAGUUACUCUUUCCCAUUCAAGUUCAAAUUUAUCAACAAGGGAGCGCUUUGAGUAGCCUUUUCGCAGCACGAGCGUGCACCCGCUGGCCCCGACGACCAUGAAGAAGUAUUACAUCGGUGCCCCGAUGCUGGGCCUCGUUCUCGAGGGACCUCUGAAGAUCGGCAACAUAGUCAAAGACUUCACUGCUCCCCAGGACCGGAUAGCGUUUCUUGAGCGUGCUCCCGCGAACACAAUACCUGGAGUCGAGUUUAGCAAAGGGAAGAUAGAAACCGCGAGACGGGCGUCGAUUCAUGCGGGUUUCUCGGCAAAGCUUUACGAGGUGUUCGGUGCCCAAGGGGAAGCAAGAGGCAGCAGGACGAUGCACACUGUAUACGAUUUCGACGAGAUAAAGUCUCUGUACCUUGCCGAUAACCCCACCGCCAAGGAGAUAGAAGCCCUUCGAAAGUCAAACCCUGAAGUCAAGACAGCACUAGACAGAGGGCCCUUGUACAUCGUAACGGGGUUAAAGGUCGUAAAAGGUCUUAAGUAUACGACUGUACAGCGAACUGACAUACGCGCUGGUGCUGGUGGGCAAGCCACUGUUACUGAGGAGGCUGUAAUAGAGGCCCACUUAGGCGGCGAACAUGGCACGGCAACGCUCGAAAAUUACACCGUGAUUGGUGAUACUAUUAUGGCAUUCCAAGUGCACAUAGUGGCAAAGGAGGGCCGAUGGUGGCCUUUCUCUUCAACACUUGAUUCAAAGACCUUUGAUCCCGAGGACGGAGGUCUUAUGAACUCGAAGGACAGCAAAGGUCCAGCAGACUUAUUCGCAACGGAGGCGGACCAACAACAUAUUGCGUAUUUUAGUGAGCAAGAGGAGUUGGGCGAGGUGGUUGAGGAGGAAUUGGAGGACGAGGACGAGUUAUGGUCACUCCUUGUUAUCCGUUCGUCUUGAGAUAGUCCAAAAAGAACCUCGGACCAGAUCGAACGCGAUGCCGACAUACGGACUCAAAUAUAAAUGAUUUUGUUUUACAAUGCCUUCCCCCUGAGGAUCUCGAAUAAUUAUGCUAUGGCUUCCUUCACACGAAAACAUCAUCUUCU